AUGAAGGGCACAAUCGCAAUCGAAGAGGCGAUUAUAGAUCCAGCCGGUGUUGAAGCCCAUACCUUCGCUCAAUUCCAAAGUUUGAUGCGACCGGGAGUAGAUCAGGAGUCCGGCCUGUCAGCGCAUGAGCGUCGUCUUCUCGAUAUCCACGAUGGGCGUCUCAAGAGUAUGGAUGAGCAUGGAGUGGAGUACAUGCUGCUAUCUCUGACUUCGCCGGGAUGUCAGGGCGAGCCAGAUCCGCACAAGGCCAAAAAGAUGGCGGAAGUCGCAAACGAUUACCUGGCCGGAGAAGUGAAGAAGAAUCCAAAGAGAUUUGGUGCAUUGGCAGCGAUAUCAAUGCAUAAUGCACAAGAUGCAGCGGAUGAGUUGAGGAGAGCGGUGAAAGACUUGGGAAUGUUUGGGGGUCUUGUGAACGACUUUCAGUCAAAAGGCUCUGAAGGCGAGGAAAAGGUGUAUUUCGACACACCUGAGUAUGAUCUGUUUUGGAAAACUGUUCAGGACCUAGAUGUCCCGAUUUAUUUCCAUCCACGAUAUGCCAUCCAGCAGGACCUUCAGCCAGGAACAAGAUAUGGAGACCGGAAGCAUUUGCUGGGCGCCGGAGUGCAAUUCCACCUUGACUUAAGUUGGCACCUAUACGCCGUGUUAUCUUCGGGAUUCCUCGACAAAUACCCAAAAGUGCAAAUUAUAGCGGGCCAUCUGGGAGAAGGCAUACCAUUCAAUUUGUGGAGAGCAAGCCACUGGAUCAACCAUCCAUUCAAAAGAGGAACAAGGCCGAUGAAACAAGAUUACAGUUACUAUUUCAAGAAUAAUGUGUCGAUCACCACGUCGGGCAACUAUAAUACCCGGGGUUUGAAGUACUGCAUUGAAGAGAUUGGGUUGGACAGGUGUUUGUAUGCCAUCGUAGAUACGCCGUAUGAGACUGUAGAGGAAGCCCAGAAUUGGUGGAAACUGGUGGAACUGCCCAAGGAGCAGAAGGAUGCGGUUGCAAGGAGAAACGCAAUCAGGCUCUUCAAGCUACCUCUUGAGGAGUAG